AUGGCGACGCCCUUGGAACCCGGACAGCCGUCCGUCACGCACGGCGGGCCGCCCAAGAGGAUCAUUGUGUGCUGCGAUGGCACCUGGAUGGACUCGCUGGGCGAAAACGGCAAUGAUCCACCUUCCAAUGUGACUAGGAUUUCCCGCGCCUUCUGCCGGACCUGCUCCGAUGGCACCCACCAGAUCAUCCACUACUUCCCCGGCGUCGGCACCGCCAACGCCCUGGACCAUUUCACCGGCGGUGCGUUCGGCAUGGGCCUGGACCGAGACAUAUCCGAGGUGUACACCUUCAUCUGCAUGAACUACGUCGACGGGGAUGACAUCGUGCUGAUUGGCUUCUCCCGCGGCGCCUUCACUGCCCGCUCAGUGGCCGACAUGAUUGCCUCGGUUGGCCUGCUGACCCCCCAGGGCCUGGACCACUUCCACACCAUCUUUGAGGACUACGAGAACAUGGGCAGUUCCAGUCGGCACCCCGACGAGUUUCUCAUCCCCGGGCUGCCCGACUACGACGGCUCGCACGGGCAGGCCAAGAUCGAGUGGGCCGCGGCGCGCAUGCUCAAAUACAAGCUGGGCCUUAGGGAGAGAAAGUACGCGCGGGACACGUACCGCGACGGCGUGACCGAGAUCAAGAUCAAGGCGGUCGCCGUCUGGGACACGGUGGGCACGCUGGGCAUCCCGCCCGCGCCCAUCUCGAACAAGGUCGAAUACGCCUUCCAGGCGCUCGCCCUCGACGAGCCGCGCUACGCCUUCCGGCCGUCGCUGUGGGAGCGCAUGCCGGGGAGCACCACCAAGCUGAAGCAGGUCUGGUUCCCGGGCAACCACGGCAACGUGGGCGGCGGCUGGUACGACCAGCAGAUGUCCGACAUCACCCUGGCCUGGAUGUGCGACCAGCUCUCGACGGUGGGCGUCGAGUUCAACUUUGCCCGCCUGACCGCCAUCUUCCACGAGUCGCUCUGCUUCUCCGCCGCACACCCAUUCCCCUACGCGCCCGGCCGCCCCGGGUCCCCCUCUUCCUUCCUCCCGUCCCUGCCCAACCUAUCCUCCCUCAAGCGCAGCCUCAGCAAGCUCCUCCACAGCGGCAGCAGCAGCAACUGCACGCUGCGCUCGCAAGGCCACUGCUCCGCGCCGCACCCGCCGGACCCCAGCACCGCCGGCCGGCCGGCGCUCGCGAAACAAGUCCUGCUCAGCCAGGGCGCGCGGCCGUGGGGGCUGGGCGCGAUCCGCUCGCCGCCGGCGGGGCUGACGACGCUGGCGGGCACGACGGUGCGGCGGCCCGGGCGCGCGCUGCGCGUGGACGAGACGACCAACGAGGACACGGCCGAGCCGCUGCUGGCGACGAACGAGCGCGUGCACAGCGCCGUGCGCGUGCGGCUCGCCUGCCGCGGGCUCGGGGCGGACGACAAUUCCGUGUGGGCCUGUGAGGCGCUCAGGGGCGAGCAGCAGGAGGAGGAGGAGGUCUGGCGGGUCAGGCGGGAAGGGCCGCCGGAGCUGAGGCGGAACGCGCUGAUGGGCGACAGGCCCGAGUACCCUGCCGAAGCGAUGUAUCCGGUGGGGGAAGAGGACCACAGGUGGCGGUGGGUGUGGGAGGGGCCCGUCGAGGGGGAGGGCCAGGACCGUGUGCCGCAGGUGCUGGCGCUGCCCGAGGAGCCGCUGGUGGGAUACUGGGAGCGCUACCUGCUGGGUCUGCUUGCCAGCGAGAAGGAUGUGUGGCAGUACGCGCAGCGCGGGAUUCAGGGGUAG